ACUCGCGCAUGUCCUUGAGAAAUAUAAAUAGCCCUCCUCAUCACUUGCAUUUCAACAACAACAACACCAAUUAGCUCCUUUAUACCUUUGCGUCCCCCCUCGUCCUUUUUGUUUCCCCGUCUCUUUAGAAAAAAAAAAAAAAAUUAGUUAUGGCUCUUAAGGCGGUCCAUGUCUCCGACGUCCCUAACCUCGAUCAGGUGCCGGAAAAUGCCUCUUUGCAGCGUUACUCCACCCGCUUCUCCAAAGGUGUGGAAUUUGGUCGGGUGGCGUCGAGAAUACCCAAGUUUCUAGUGAUCGGACACAGAGGGAAUGGAAUGAACGCUUUGCAGUCGUCUGAUCGGAGAAUGAGAGCAAUUAAGGAAAACACGAUCACGUCGUUUAACACAGCUGCAAAGUACCCUCUUGAUUUCGUCGAAUUUGAUGUUCAGGUAACCAGAGAUGGCUGCCCUGUCAUUUUCCACGACGACUUCAUUCUCACCGAGGAUCAGGGUACUGUGUUUGAGAAGAGAAUAACUGAAUUGUGUUUGACGGAGUUCCUAAGUUAUGGUCCACAAAAAGAAGUUGGAAAGGAAGGGAAGCCUUUGUUGAGGAAAAACAAAAACGGCCAAAUUGUAAGAUGGGAUGUUGAACAAGAUGACUCCCUCUGUACCCUCCAGGAAGUCUUUGAGAAGGUUGAACCUUCUCUUGGCUUCAACAUUGAGAUCAAAUUCGACGACUGCAUUGUGUACCAGGAGGACUAUCUCAUACGCGUCCUUCAAUCCAUCCUGCAAGUUGUGUUUGAGUAUGCCAAAGAUAGGCCCAUCGUAUUCUCCUCAUUCCAACCUGAUGCAUCACUCCUCAUUAAGAAGUUGCAGAACACCUACCCUGUCUUUUUCUUGACAAAUGGUGGGAAUGAGAUCUACUAUGAUGUGAGGAGGAAUUCUUUGGAUGAAGCAAUGAAGAUGUGUUUGGAGGGUGGUUUGGAUGGUAUAGUUUCGGAGGUCAGAGGUGUCUUCAGAAAUCCUGAGAUGGUAACCAAGAUUAAGGAGUCCAACCUUUCACUUCUAUCUUAUGGCAAACUGAAUAAUGUUGCCGAAGCAGUAUACAUGCAACACCUAAUGGGAAUUGAGGGAGUGAUUGUGGAUUUUGUGGAAGAGAUCACGGAGGCUGUGUGUGAUAUGAUACAAAAGCCAUUGACGGCCGCAGAAGAAGACGGGGAUGAUUUGUUGGAAGGGGAUGGUAAGAUGCAAUUGAAAUCAAAGCCACAGUUCUCGCAGAGGGAGCUUUCCUUUCUGUUGAAGCUCAUUCCAGAAUUGAUACAGCUCUGAAAGUUGAUGCACUGUGGUUUGAGAUGUUUUUUAGUGGGUAUCACCCAAGAUGUGCAGCUAGACUAAUUUGCUGCAGCAUCGUAUAUGCAUUGUUGUACAUAUAAAUUGGUCAUAGAGGAAGAGGGAAAUGGUCAUGGAGGAGGAAGAGUGUACCUGAUAGCUUGUAUUGUUUAAGGGAGGAGCAUGCUUGUAAUGUUUUCAGUUUACUGUUCUUGUUUGGUUGAUCGGGAUGUUAGUUUACUUGCCACCUCUCUUAGAUUAGGACAUGAUCGACAUUGGAGAUCUAUUAGUGUUGUUUGAUUAACAUCAUGUAACACAACGUUUACAAUUAGACCAACGUGAUAUUUGAGGUCUAUUAGUUGUUAACAUUAUGCAACACAGCGUUUCCAUUC